ACGGAGAAUGUUUGUUUUCAGACUAUUAACUUGGGAGGUAUCAAGGAUUACAUCCCAGAGAUCAAGAGGUGUCGUCGUCUGAUGCUCAUCGGCUGCGGUACCAGUUACCACAGCGCCAUCGCCACCAGACAGCUCCUCGAAGAGUUGACCGAGCUUCCUGUUAUGGUGGAGUUGGCCAGCGAUUUCCUCGACCGCACCACGCCCGUCUUCAGGGACGACGUCUGUUUCUUCAUCUCGCAAUCCGGAGAGACCGCCGACACCCUGAUGGCGCUCAGAUACUGCAAGGAGCGCGGAGCGCUCAUCGUCGGCAUCACCAACACCGUGGGCAGCUCCAUCUGCCGCGAAUCCCACUGCGGAGUGCACAUCAACGCCGGCCCCGAGAUCGGUGUCGCCUCCACCAAGGCGUACACCAGCCAGUUCAUCUCUUUGGUGAUGUUCGCUCUGGUCAUGAGCGAGGACAGGAUUUCUCUGCGUCAGAGACGUACCGAGAUCAUCGAGGGUCUGAAGAAUCUGCAGGAGCAGAUCAAGGCCGUGCUCAUGCUGGACGGAAAGGUGCAGGAGCUCGCCAAGGAUCUGUACCAGCAGAAAUCGCUGCUGAUCAUGGGUAGAGGAUUCAACUUUGCCACUUGCCUCGAAGGCGCUUUGAAAGUCAAGGAAUUGACGUACAUGCACAGCGAAGGCAUCAUGGCUGGUGAACUCAAACACGGACCUUUGGCCCUCAUCGACGAUCAAAUGCCCGUCCUCAUGAUCGUCAUGCGCGAUCCGGUCUACAUCAAGUGCAUGAACGCCCUUCAACAGGUGACAUCGCGCGAAGGAAGACCGAUUCUGAUUUGCGAGGAAGGUGACGAAGAGACCAGCUCGAUGGCCUCCAAGGUUCUGCAAGUACCCAGGACCGUGGACUGUCUCCAGGGCAUCCUCACCGUCAUCCCCAUGCAACUCUUGAGUUACCACAUCGCCAUGCAACGUGGCUGCAACGUGGAUUGUCCACGUAACCUCGCCAAGAGCGUCACCGUCGAAUGAUGCAAAUGUAUCUUAUAACAAAAGAACGAAUGGUUCGGGAUCCCAGACCAGGAUUCGAUUGUUUUCACGGCUACUUAAGAUAUUCCCUUUUUUCUCUAUAUUAAUUAUUAUUCUUCUUCAUGAUUGUACUA